AGACAGCCUACCCUAAUACAAGUAUUAGUGGCUGCUUUCAUGACUCGAACUCAUGACCUAUAGAUCACACGGAGACAACCUUAUAGUUGCUCCAAGGUUCCCCAUCGAGAAUAAAAGAAACUAAAGGUUCUUUCUGGGCAGCUUCUAAAAGAUUUCUAGUAAGUCGUGGAGUUUGUCUGCUAAUUGAUUUGUUUAUUGCACAUUUGAGCAAUUUUCUGGGCUCUAGACACAGAUGUCCUGCUGGUUUGAGUUUGGGACUUUGAAAAAAUGCGCUUUCGCCGAAAAAGACGCACAAAACUAGGAGAAGGAAGCAGCAUCCAGCUCGAUGAAUCUGAAGCAGCAGAUCUGCAAGUGGAGGCACGUGUUGAUUUUGUGCUGUGGCUUGAAAAUGACGUGUCUCUGAACAUUCUAAUGCGUUUGGAUGAUCCAACUGAUGUGCUCUGUGCUGGCGCUGUUUCACGCCUUUGGCACCAAUUUGUUGUUACUAAUGGAAUUUCCAAGCAACUCUGUCUGAGAAAGUUUCCGCAGCUUUCUACAAUUGCACGUAUAACAGAACCAUAUGUGAGAGUAGCAGAAAGAAAAGAUGUCGAGUCUAGCAAUUCCGGCUGGGAGACUCUAAACAGAGACCAUAAUGUGUAUGCUUAUCUACUUCAUGAUAUUGGAAAAUUAAACAUUUGUACAAGUGAUUGCAUCGGUAAUGCAGUUACCGAUUCAAUUAGGGACAAUGAUGAUCUAGAUGAAAGUAUUUUCAAUACUUUAAUUCCAAUGAACAUGUAUCGAAAUAGACCUUCAUACUGGUCAAGUAAAGGACACAGUGAUCCCAAUGCUCCCGAGAUGCUAAUUUACAAAUUGAAAGCUGAUCUUUGUGUCAUCACUGAGAUAAAUAUACAACCUUUUGAAGUUUGGUUCCAUUCAGGCAAGCCCAUACACUCCGCAAAAUCUGUUCGAUUUCGAUUAGGCCACCUCAAGUCCUCAAGAGAUAAGCGUGAUCUCCUGCACUUGCCUGAGCAACAGCCUGCUGAUGACGAGUUUGUUUGGACGUAUACCUCGGAAGAAUUCCCUAUGAGACAGGAAAACCGCUUGCAGCAGUUCAAGCUACCAGAAUCGGUACUUUGCAUUGAUGGAUAUCUGCAGAUUGAACUGUUGGGCAUAGCUGAGAGAUGUGAGAUUGACGACUUGUUUUAGAUAUGCAUUCGCUAUGUGGAAGUUAGAGGGCGGCCACUCUGUCCUGCCUUUGGUGUACAGGACAUCGACCCGUCUGGAGACUUUGUGCUCAAGUACAAAAGAGAGGUUCUCUAAUCAAUGUUGCAAAGCUUGUUAACAGAAUUUAUCCAAGAUGCAAAUGUACCUCCCAUAACAUUCGAAGAAGUAGUGCUUGAACAUGCAGGUCUAUUGAAAUAUUAAGUAAAAGAAUUACCUGCCUAGCUUUGGACCCAUGAAGUGGAAUGACGACGACAAGUAAAUGGACCAUAGAGAAGUUUGGUGUGCUUGAUAUGAAUGAUAACAUUCUCCAAUAGUUCAUUUGAAAUAGUUUUUAACUGUUAUUAGUGUUGGAUAGUGAGAUAAAGUUUCUUCUGGAAAAAUAGUUUUCGGAAGAUAUUUUCUUUCAUACCAAUCACCCUUUGUAAUAUAACGCUAUGAUUUUCUCUUCUUUUAGUUUUCUACAUUACUUUUCAAGUAAUAUCCUGCAUUCUCCUUUGUAGAUUCACACCAGUUCUUUUUAAUUUUAGAGGCUGGAGCUGCAUAAACUCCUUUGUA